UAUUUUUUUUUUUUUAAUAGUUUUAGAAAUCAAGUUCCAGGAUAAAGAUGCAGAUCAUUACUCUACCUCCUAUUUUCUCUGCAAUGUGUUGGUUCUUCUCUCUUCCUCGUGUCGCCGUGUGUCAACGAAGCAGAUGCAGUGGCCCUGCACCGCCGAGGGCCUCUCUUAGUUCAGUGCGUCGUGGUGUGUGUUCAGGGGCGUGUUCGCUUCUGCUCACCAUUCGUGCUCGUGGCGUCUGGCGUACCUUGCCGGCGCUAAAGUCCUUUCCACAUAAUUGUCCGUUUAUAAAAGGCAUCGCUGAAUUGCAUAGCCGGAUUGCAAUACCGGUGCACACCUUACAGAAAACGUUAGGUAGAUAAAAACAUGGAUUACCAGACGAAGGAAAAGUUGGAGCUGGCCGAACACGCAGUUCCUCCCGCCCCAGGAUCCUCAGAGGCGUCAGCAAAGAAUCCCGAAGAAGAAAGGACCUACUGUUUCAGCUGCAGUUAUCAGACGGGCAGCAUCACCGUCGCCAUCUCCUACCUGCUGGUGAGCUUAAGUGUCUUAGGCCUUGUAAUCCGUUUCCUCUGUAUUGAGGAUGCGAAAGACAUUACAGUCAUCUUUUUUGUUUUACUUAGUUCGACGAUUAUUUCAGUAGUCCUUAUCCCCUUGAUGUUAUACGGUGCCGUAAAGCGCCGUCCCCAGUACCUCCUACCCUGGGCUGUCUGGGAGGGAAUGAGCAUCGGCCUCGGAUCGGCAUUUGUGGUCAUCAGUCUCUUCUUUAUUAGUCCCGUUGGACUCGUGGGCUUCAUUUUCAUUGCUCUCCGAGGCUUCUGCCUUUACGUUGUUCUGCAGUACCGUAAGCAGCUGACGGCCCAGCCUCCGAAGUCAGAGGUCAACUCUCAGGCCUAAUUUGCGAAGAUGCAGCCUCCUCUUCCUCCCGCGCUUGGCUUCGGGAAAUUUGUGAAAACUCUAGUGUUUCAUUAUGCGUUUUAUCUGCUUUAGCCCAGUGCAUGUUAGUGUGUUUGUAUGGAUAGGUGUAUCUGUAGGUGUAUAGAUCGUGAUUGCCUCUUGUAGUUCUUACAUAGCUAUAUCUACAUUUAUAUGAAUAUACACACACAUGCAUACAUACACACACGCAGAGAAUUUUGACCACUAAAACAUUAUUGUAAAUGGAAAAGCAGAACCUGUUAAUGAAUGUUGCUACUUACAAGCGGUUACAAACACAAAACAAAACCCAUCAGAAAUGGCAGAUCAAAAAUGCAGUAAUCUCAUAUGCAUCCACACACACAUAAAAUGUAUGUGUUCAUAAAUAAUAUAUAUAUUUAUACAUAUAAUAUACAAGAAUGUGGUUCUCUUACAUGAUAUUCCUAUGCAGGGAAUAACCGUUAUGGAGGUAAUAAUAAUAAUCAUGAAAAUGACAAGAACGGUAAUGGCAAUAAGAGUGAUAAAAAUGCAACAAAAAGAUAAUAACAAAAAAAGUCCAAAAAAACUAAGAAGGUGCAGUAGUUGGCAGCAGAGAGAUGAGAACCAAAAAGGUAGGAGAGAGGAAGGUGACAUGAGAAAUGAUGAAGAAUGGAGAGAGAUAAAAAGAUGUAAAUCAGUGACAAAGGAAAAGAAAAAGAGACAAAUAGGAAGAAACCAGCGAAAGACACCAAAGAGGACAAGAAAAAAAAAAAACACGAAAAAAAACGCAGGAGAUAGAGAUACAGGCAACAGGACGAAGGCGAGAAAGAUAAAGAAGAGAAAGAACGAGAAAGAGAUAACCAGAGAAUGAGCCAGAGCGUGGGUAUCGCUCGGGAACCAAACAGGACCUUCUGGCACUGGAUGAAGCCCCGCGUAGGUCCAGGUACGAGGUCGAGGGUCAAAGGGCGUGGCCUGUGCGUGACCGGGUACCCUAGCGGCCGUUGACUGGUUGUCUAGUGGCCGAGGCUACAGGGUGCUCAUCUGUGAUUGGUCCUCCCAUAGUGGGGAGGGAAAGAGAGAGAGAAAAGAAUAGAAG